GAUUCUCUCAACACCAAGCAGCACCGUUGCCUUGGAUAGCCAGCCAGAGGCCCGCAAGAUCCGCGUCCCCCACCCGACCACCCCCACACCCGAGCAGCGCGGGCGGCCAUGGCGUUCUGGGAGGGCUGGUGCGGCGGCAAGGGCGACGGCUGCUGUGACGACUGCAGCUGGACGCAGCUCGCCAUCUGGGCCGCCGCCAUCGUCGUCGUGGGAGGCCUCAUCACCGUCCUGGUGCUCGCCUUCGGCGUGGUGUUCCCGCCCAAGGCCACGGCCGACGACGCCGUGCUGCAGCGGUUCGCGCUGGCGCCCGCCGACCCGGCGUCCAACUCCACCAUCUCCUUCAACGUCACCGCCACGGUGUCGCUCCGGAAUCCCAACAUGUACCGGGCCAUCGAGUACGGCGCGCUCGCCGUGACCUUCUCCUUCAACGGCACCCGCUUCGAUGACUCCGCGUCCGUGCCGGGGUUCAAGCACAAGGCGCGGAAGACGGCGACGCUGAGCGUGAGAGUCGGCGGCGUGGGCAAGCCCAUCAAGCUGACCAGGCCCGGGGUGGGCGAGUUCCGGGCGGAGAACGACACGGGCAGCUUCGGCGUGGAGAUGCGGCUGGACACGGUGCUCCAGUACAAGGGCCGGUCCGCCAAGUGCCCGCUCGUCGUCGUCUGCCCGCUCCAGCUGCAGCUCGUCGACCCCGACGUCGCCGCCACCGCGUUCCAGCGGACCAAGUGCACUAUCCUCCGGGCCAAGAAGUCCGGGUGCUAGCUGACUCAGCUCCGGCUCCAUUGGUGGCCUGGCUAGCUCCGUUGGGUGGCUUUCGUUUCUUUCUUUUCUUCAUGUGUAAUUAACUGAUUGUUUCUUCAAGACAGGAG